CCAGAGAGCUGGCAGAUGCUGAGUCAUUGGGGCUGGAAGCUCCUUGUACUGUAGGGGAAUCAGUGAUUAUGGGCAGCAGGGCAGGCUGGGGGAGUUGAGGCCAUGGGGCAGAUGAGCCCUGAACUGAAUGAACGGUUUUGAGGGCCUGAAUUUGCCAGCGGCCGCGCCGCCGCCUGAUGAACGACUGGCUUGUGGCGGGUUAAAAAUGGUAACAUGUUUGUAUCAUGUUGCCAGCGCUGACGUCAGAGGUGGUAGCGAGUUGCGUCGUGUCCUGGCAACAAAGUAUCGGGCGGGCGGCUGGUAACAUCGGGGAAGUGUAGCAAAACUGUUCGCCGAGCCCUUCCUUUCUGCUGGGAGAGAGGGGAGGGCUGCUGCUGGUGUGAGUGUGUGUGUGGGGUGGGAGGGAAGGAAAAUAAUGACGGUGGCGAAUAACGGCGAGAGCGAGAAGAGAAGCCUGGUUAACGCGGAGGACAUGGAGCGGGAGAACGAGGUGCUUCCGCCGGUGGCGGAGGACGGUGAAUGUAGCGGCGGGCUGCAGGCGGAUGGGCAACGCCAACACGGACAGCUGGGCUCGCAGCUCGACGACUUGCCCACCUCCACCAUCGCCUGCAACGUGGACGAGCGGGUGUUCGUGGACGCCCUGUACCGGGAUGACUUUGAGACGUUAUUCAGGGUCUAUGACAAGAAUGUGACCUUUCAGUUUUUUAAGAGCUUCAGGCGAGUUCGAAUCAACUUCAGCAAUCCCAUUGCUGCAACAGAGGCCAGAAUUCAACUUCACGAAACUGAGUUUAAUGGGAAGAAAAUGAAACUGUACUUUGCACAGAUCCAGAACAAAAUGUUCAGUAAAGGUAGCCCACAUUUGGCUCCACCCCAUCCAGAAAAGCAAUUCCUCAUUUCCCCACCAGCGUCUCCGCCUGUUGGAUGGAAGCAAGCAGAAGAUGCCACUCCAGUUAUAAACUAUGACCUGUUGUAUGCAAUUUCCAAGCUGGGACCAGGGGAGAAAUAUGAAUUACAUGCUGGGACUGACACUACUCCCAGUGUUGUUGUUCAUGUCUGUGAAAGUGAUCCAGAACUGGAGCAGGAACAAGAGGAGGAAGAGGGGAAGAAUCGACCCAAACCAAAAAUCAUUCAAACAAGACGGCCAGACUAUACUGCCAGCCAUUCAAAGUGAAAGUGAACUUAUCCACUUCUUUGCGUUUGGGUUCCUCAUACAGAGAAUGACCACACUACUGAGUUAUAAUGGGGAUACUGGACUGCAGUAUAUCUAGUGCAAAAGAUUAAUUUCCCAAAUGUGUAACCGUGUGUGUACUGAUAGGCAGAAGGAAUGUGGGAAAUUUGUACUGCAUCAAUGCUUUUGCGUUAUUUUCUGCUGUAACCUUGUACAUUAAACUGCAAAGGUAUUGAAUGGGGACAGCUAGAUCAGCUGAAUGAGCAGCAGUGGUAAUGGCACACGUGAUAAUGUAGUGCCUGUGGUUGGCACUGAACUUUUUUUUAUUUGUCUAUCUUAACAUUUUGGUGUCUACCAUUUCCUUGCUGUUAUACUUUAUUUGCAUAUUGUUGCAAAAUUGUAGUUAUUCGUGGUGUUUAGUGUGGCCUGCUAUGAUAUUUAAAAUAGUCCCUUCUAGCAGAGCCGGCUUGUAUGGAAUUGUGACAUAUUCAGGAUUUAAGCAGGGAACUGAAUUUAAUUGCAAACCGUAGGCUGUUUCACGUUAAUUCAACCACUUAUCAGGAUCAGGUUUUUUUUUACUUUGAAACUUUUAUCAGUCUAGCUACAUACUGUAAGUAUUCUUUUAUCAAACUGCAUCACAACUGAUGAGAAGAUAAUUGACACAGUCUUGCUUGCACUUUAUCUUUCUGCAUAUCUCUGCAACGUAGCUACCUAUACCCAUGCACUAAAACUAAUCGCAUGUUGUAGAACACACAAUAUUGUAUGGAAAUUUUUAGAAGUGCUUUUGUGUUUUCUAAAUUAACUGACUCAUCAUUUGCUUCAUUAUGAAUCAAGCAUGACCAAUCCCACUUUAGUUUUUCCUUUAAUGUCAGAGGUGGACUUCGAUACUACUCAUCUGUUCGUCUGUCUUUUCUCUGGCUGGUUUAAUUUCACAGUGAAGCACACAGCACUGCAGUCCCAUCACAUCAAGUAAAGCUGUUGAUUAUUAGAAUGGUUAUUGCACUUCAUAAUCCAGAAUGAAGACCAACUCCUAGAGACAUUUAUUGGAUGGAAUGGAACAAAAUCAAACCCAAACAGCUGCCUGAAUGUAGUCAUUUUGUUUUUGCCCAAAUACCUUUGCCUAUCAAUUUUAUUUUUGAAGUGGACAUUUGGUUGUGAAUAAAAAAAAACAAAUGGCUUUAUUUUCACAUCUUAAUCGUGUAUUCAAAGGUACAAGACCAGUCAUAUAGUUAACUGCAGGAGUAAAACAUAAUCACAGUCACAGUCCAAUUGCAUUUAACUUUGUUUCCUGCCCUGAAACAUUGCUUACUUCAGCUACACGUAGAUUAUUUAUGUUAAUGUGAUUACCUUGAGUAAGUAUGGAAAGUACCAAAUUACUGAUUUAUGAUGUCUCGUCAGAGUGUAUUCAUCCUGUGUAAUGUUAGAAUAUUUCGAGCUGUUUCUCUAGAAGUGUAAUAUCAGUAAAAUAUUAAAUUAUUAUCUGUCUGCUGUACAUAUUGUUCAUAUUUGUACAGAUUGGAAUAAUUGGGCAGAUGGGAUGUUUACAAAUAAAUACAUUUGC